CAUCGACGACCACAACAGACACUAAUUCAUAUUUAUAAAUAAAACCUCAAAUGUAAUACGAGAAUAGGAGCAUGUAGUGUUUGGUGUUAGUGAAAUCACGUGCUAUAAAUCAAUGAAUAACAUAUAAUUUACACGGUAAAUACCUUUAUCACCAAUACCCGAAUGAUAGUGAACAAUGGGGCGAAAAGGACAAGUUCAAAGGUCAAGGAACACAGUCGCCUCGAGGAAUGAAAAAAAUAUUAAGAAGGAAGACAAGGAAAUAGCCGCCUACGUAGAUAAGUUACUUAGGCUUAGUACUUUACCCCAACAUGUUAACCUAGCGAAAGCCUUGGAAAACCAAAGAGAAAUUAACGCAAUCACUGAUAAAAUAAAAUUACUGGAAGCAAAUAAAAAGCAUCAGAAUGAAGUCUCGGUCGGUAACCGGACAAGUGCUGUCACCAUCGAGAGAUUCACGAACUGGAUACGAGAAAACGGCGCGGAUUUCAAAGGAUGUGACAUCAAAGAAAUCGAAGGCUUCGAGUUGGGGCUCGAAGUAAACAUGCAAAUCCCCAUAUCAAGUCUCGUAAUAACUGUCCCGAGAAAGCUUAUGAUGACCGCGGAACUGGCCAGCGAAAACGAACUGAAAGGUCUAGUAAAAAAAGAUCAAAUACUGAAUAACAUGCCCAAUGUCACUCUCGCUAUCUUCUUGCUCUUCGAGAAGUUCAAGAAAGAAUCGUUUUGGGGGCCGUAUAUCGAUAUUUUGCCGAGGGAUUAUACUACGGUUUUGUAUUUCAAUGUAGAUGAGCUGGAGGAGUUGAAAGGCAGUCCAACUUUGGAAAUAGCUUUGAAACAAACCAAGUGUAUCGCAAGACAGUACGCUUAUUUUCACAAACUGUUCCACACUUCGGAAGAUCCCAUAAGUAGAUUCAUGCGGGAGAAAUUCACCUAUGUGGAGUACUGCUGGGCAGUGUCUACGGUGAUGACAAGACAGAAUACAAUUCCUUCUGAAGAUGGUCAGUGCAUGAUAAAUGCCUUGAUACCAUUAUGGGAUAUGUGUAAUCACACAAAUGGAACAGUUUCGACCCAGUAUAAUCCGAUUUUGCAUCAAAGCGAAUGUUUUGCGCUGAAAGAUUUUGAACCAGGUGAACAAUUUUUCAUUUUCUAUGGACCUAGAACCAAUGCCGAGCUUUUCAUUCAUAACGGAUUUAUUUAUGAAGAUAACUCUCACGAUGGCUAUUGGAUUAGGCUCGGAAUCAGCAAGUCAGAUAACUUGGAAGAAAAAAGAACCAAACUGCUGCAAAAGCUCGCAAUUUCUCCCACUAGCGAUUUCUUCAUUAACAAGGGUUCUGAACCUAUCGAUGGUGCGCUUCUAGCGUUCUUGAGGAUAUUCAAUAUGAAUGAAGAACAACUUCAGCAUUGGUUAGAAAGCGACCGCGCCGACGACUUGCGAUACUCUCAGUGCGCCCUAGAUACAUCUUUGGAGAAGAAAUCUUGGACUUUUCUACAGGCGCGACUGCGACUCCUUUUGGGCAUCUACAAGACCUCGAUCGAAGAGGACCAGAAACUGCUGGCAGGAAAGCAAUUGAACGCCAAUAAGCGACUGGCCGUCGGAAUGAGAGCGAUCGAAAAGAAAAUACUCGCGUCAGCCGUCGAAUAUGUAGAUCAAUACAUCAAACAGUAGCUUCUACGAAUACUGAGAAAAAAUGGGGGAGAAAUCGUGACCGUCUCUGGGCGAGAAGAAUCUCAUGGAUAAUCUCCGUUAAUAGAUCUAUUUAUUUGUGUUCACUAAUUGUUUAAUGUUGUUUGAACCUUUUUUCGGAGAACGCUCGUUUGGUUAUGUGGCCACAUGCUGCGUUAUGUAAUUAUUGGAAAAUAUAACGUUUUUCUGCUCA